UAUUCCAUAAGUAAGAAGAAAACUUAAGCCAUGCUUCUUUCACUACCCUUUAAAGCACAACACACGCCUUGUAGAAUUCCUUUCAUCAUUUCUGUUAUUCUAAAAAAAAAACAUAUUCUUAGAUCUCUCAUACAGAAGAAGAAGAAGAAAGAAGGCGAGAUAAUGCUAAAGAGGCAAGAUUCAUUAGUGGCAUCAGCUCGCCGGCAAAGGACACCGCCGGGUGGAGAAAAUCAGCAUGUUGUGAAGUCUACUGGUUGCAUGUCAGGCAUUAUUCAACUAAUUUCCAAAUACCAAAAAAAGACGAAACGCAUUACUUCUGGAAUUAGAAAGCAAGGUAAAUUAGUAGUAGUAGUAAUUGGGGAAAAUGAAAAAAAUGAUGAGGCAAAGGUACCAAAAAUCGAAGCAGAUAAAAAGGAGCGGCCAGUAGCGUUAGUGGCACGGCUAAUGGGGCUGGAGGAAAUAAAGUGCCUUCCGAGCCCUAAUAGGAAGUCGAGUACAGAAGAGGUAAAGAGAAGGAAGCUUCUAGAAGACUUGGGCAAGUGCAAUGACGAUUUAGAGUCUAUUCGCCAGAUUCUAAACUCGCUGAAAAGGGAUAAGCAAAUUGGCGAUGCAGUGAAGCCGCAGACUCCAUUAACAUUGUGCAACAAAAUCGCCAAACCUAAACAUAAUCAUAAUGGGCAUAUUACACAACAAAGGAUCAAGAGGCUAGAAGCAUAUGAACCAAUUGAUAAAUUUACAAAUAAUGCACCAUUAUUUCACGUGAAGCCAAAGUCAUGUAGCAAAGGCAUGAUUCAAAGUGUAGAGGAAGUGUGGAAUGAGAGUGAAUGGGGAGAAAAGAGAGAGGCUGGGAGAAUAGGGCUAAUCUUACAAGAUCAAAUUUGCAGGGACUUAAUUGAAGAGUUCCUCAAAGAAAUGAAUCUACUAAUUUCCUAUCGUUCUUUACCCUUUUUAGCAUGUAAGAAAAGGCUUUUCUUCUAAAUAUGUCAUAUUAUUUCUGUU